GAGAGAGAGAGAGAGAGAGUAGAGAAGAGAGAGGCAUUGGUAACGAUCGAUCAAAUUCAAUUCAAAUUUGAAUUCAACUGCGUUGCGGUGGAUACAAGCUAGGAUGAACUCGGCGCCGAAUGGGGUUCCUUGACGGGUUCUUCUUCUUCCUCAGCGGCAGAGAAAGGGCCGCGGAGAUGGAGAGUGAAGCCGUGCCCGAUCCCGUCCCCGGCCUCUCCUCCGUCGCCAACUCCGUCGUCUAUCGAUGCUCGAGGAUACUUGCGCUGUCAACAGAGCAGUUGGUGCAGCGUUUCGAGGCCGAGCUUCCCGACCACGCCAAUCAGGAUUGUUUAUAUGCUAGGAAUCUUGUAGAAUACUGUUCUUACAGGGCUCUUCAUGAGGAAACUAAGCAUCCGGAUCAUCUCGCAGAUAACGAGUUUCGCGUUCUAACAUUCGACAUGAUGCUUGCUUGGGAAACCCCUGAUACCGAGAAAGAAUCUAUGCUAAAUGAACCGGCGUGCUCCGACCAUUUUGGAGCUGAGGAUGACGACGGAGGAUCCUUGUUUUACGCGAGUGCUACGAGAUUGGCUACGCAGGUCGACGGGAAGAGGACUGUUGGGGCAGCAGCAUUCGCGAAAAUAGCCCCUGCAUGUCCUUCUGUAGCUGAUCCAAUCACCGUCCACAAUUUAUUCGAUGCGCUCACAAGCUCUUCCGGUGGCCGACUCCAUUUUCUCAUAUACGCCAAGUACCUGAAAAGCCUAGAGAAGGUGCUCAGAUGUGCCAAGUGCGUAUUGGAUCCGUCCCACGCUUCUAUACUUCAACUUCCUGAGGGAGAAAUCAUCUUAGAUGUCGACGGUGCCAUGCCGACUAAACCUAUUCUCCAACACAUCGGAACAUCCACAUGGCCUGGACGGCUGACGCUUACCAACCACGCUCUUUACUUCGAGUCAUUUGGGGUCGGUUUUUCCUAUAAUAAAGCUGUUAUGUAUGAUUUGGCGAAGGACUUGAAGCAGGUCGUAAAGCGCGAGUGCACCGGGCCGUGGGGUGCUCGUCUCUUCGAUAAGGCCGUAAUGUAUAGGUCGAGUUCUCUAGCAGAGCCCAUAUUUCUGGAGUUCCCUCAAUUCAAAGGCCAUUCACGCAGAGAUUACUGGUUUGCGAUCAUUAAAGAAGUAUUGCAUGUUCACAAGUUCAUCAGGAAGUAUAAGCUCGGGAAGUAUCUGAAAGCCGAAGCCCUUUCUGAGGCCACUUUAGGCAUUUUGAGAUAUCGCGCUUUGAAGGAAGGUUUCCAUAUCCUGCCAUCGCACUUUAAGACUACGCUUGCGUUCAACUUAGCUGAGAAACUUCCGAAAGGAGACAAGAUAUUGAAAGCUUUAAAUAAGCACUUGGAGGUCGUAUGUUCGGACGAAAAGCCGCAGGCAGGUACUUUUCCGCUUUCGGUAUAUACCCUUUCCAGAAUGGGCCUUCUCUCACUAAGAGAAGAAGAUACUCCUGAAGAGAGAGGUUAUAUAGUUGGUGAUGUCGGUAUCGGGGGGACAAGUCCUCUUCGAAGGGCUGUUAGAGAAUCAGUUUGUUACUCUGGCAGAGUCGAGGUGGCACGUGCGACACUGGAUCAGGUUAAAGUGAAAGAUAUUGACACAAAUUUAGCUGUAAUAAAGGAAUUGCUUUUCCCUUGCAUAGAACUGGGCAAACAACUCAAGUUACUGGUCGACUGGGAAGAUCCUUUUAAAUCACAUGCAGUUCUCGUUUUGAUCCUUUUCAUUGUUUACAGAGGUUGGAUCAGGUACAUCUUGCCUUGCAUAUUCUUCUCUUGUGCCGCUUUCAUGCUGUGGCAGAAGCAUAACAAUCAUGGGAAGCCGAUAGAUGCCUUCGAAAUUGCACCACCGCCUAGUCGGAACCCUGUCGAGCAACUUUUGACGUUACCAGAACUUGUUUCUAAACUAGAAACAAAUGUCCAGGCCGGAAGUAUCGUUCUUCUCAAGCUCAGAGCUAUCAUGUUUGCAGCAUUUCCGCAGACUACGAACAAGGUGGCGGUCGCUUUGAUUGCCGCAGCGUUUGCCUUCGCCUUCGUGCCUUUCAAAAACCUGCUUCUGUUAGUGCUACUGGAGGCGUACACGAGGCACAUGCCGCUGAGGAAAGCGAGCAGCGAGAAGUUGAUUAGGAGAGUAAGGGAGUGGUGGGUCCGCAUUCCUGCUGCCCCUGUCCAGAUCUUGAAACACCAAGAGAGCAGAAAAUCGAAAUGACGAGCUUCAAAUGGACUCAUUCAGUUGUAAAUUUGUUUCUCCUAUCUUUAAAUAGAAACAUUCCAAAUGAUCUUUUUUCUUUUUUUUUUUCUCACUUUGAAUGAUGGUUUUCUGUGGUUUUCUGUUAGAGCUUGGUGUUAGU